GUAGUCUUGCUUCUUGGGAAGCAUUUCCGGCCUCAGGGAACAGAAACCUGUGAGAAGAAAACUUUAUUUAUCUGCUGCACGGCAUGCGGAACUUAGCCACUUAACCUUGGCCGACCUGGUGGUGGGAAAAAUUAGAGAGACGGACAAGGGGAAAGGCGUGACCAGGAGACUUCCGGGAGAGCGCCGGAAGUACGGUGUCCGACUCAGGCCGACAGGCGUUGUCCUCCUCCCUGUCGGACUUAUUAGAGUCGGACGGGAACCGGAUGAGCCCCAGACCUGAGUCCAAACCGACUCGACCGUUGUGACCACCGGCGAGUACUUUUUCUCUGCUUUCGUUGCCUCAGCUCUGAAGUGAGUCGUGGAUGAGGCGAUCUCAGCUUCCUGCUUGGAGAACCGGGUCGUUCUGGCAGCUCUCGUGGGAUCCGAGGGCCAGAGAGACAUUGUAUCACUCCUCGGUGAAAGGCCUGUCCUCAUCUUCAAAAGAGUCCUGGGUUCUCAGCCUACCAUCUGAAAAACUCAGGAGGAAGAGUUGAGAGUCUCCGCAUCCCUCGCCCCCCUGGGACAGGACCCACCAUGUCUCAGGCCACCAAGAGGAAACAUGUGGUGAAGGAGGUGCUGGGGGAGCACAUGGUGCCCUCUGACCAGCAGCAGAUUGUGAGGGUCCUCAGGACCCCAGGGAACAAUCUGCAUGAGGUGGAGACAGCCCAGGGGCAGCGCUUCCUGGUGAGCAUGCCCUCCAAGUACCGCAAGAACAUCUGGAUCAAGAGAGGGGACUUUCUCAUCGUUGACCCUAUUGAAGAAGGAGAGAAGGUGAAGGCUGAGAUCUCCUUUGUGCUCUGCAAAGAUCACGUGCGCUCUCUGCAGAAGGAUGGGCACUGGCCUGAGGCCUUCUCCCAAGUGGCUGAGAAACACAACAAUAGGAACAGACAGACUCAGCCAGAACUCCCAGCUGAGCCACAGUCGUCAGGAGAAGAGUCCAGCUCUGAAGACGAUUCUGACCUUUUUGUUAACACCAACCGCAGACAGUAUCAUGAGAGCGAGGAGGAGAGUGAAGAGGAGGAGGCGGCCUGAGACCGCGGGACCCACUUCUCUUGCUCAGAGACUGGUCCUGGGCUCCUCUGAGCGUGGACGUUCCCAGGGGGCUCUGCGGAUCUUUCCCCCUGGAUGGGGAUAAGGCAGGGCCCCUGUCUGAACUGACCUUCUGACAUGGGAGAAUUAAACCCCUGGUGGGUGCUGCCUCA